UUCACAACCACCGCCAGCCAGGCAGCUACUCCACGGCCUUCUAGGACAAACAGUAGCGCUAAACCACGCAGUGUCCAGAGGGCAUCCCUGACUGCGUCCCCAUCCCGGCCCCAAAGUGUGCGGAGCGCGCGGCAGAUGUUGGCUGGAACCUCCCCAAGGGCGCCCAUAAACGCAGCCUCGGACGCUAUGGCCCACCCCUCCGGCUGGCCCCUCGUGUAGGAUGGUAGCACGCAACCAGGUGGCAGCCGACAAUGCGAUCUCCACGGCAGCAGAGCCCCGACGGCGGCCAGAGCCUUCCUCCUCCUCCUCGUCCUCUUCUUCCUCCUCCUCGUCCUCGGCCCCCGCGCGCCCGAGGCCCUGCCAGCCGGUCCCGGCCCCGGCCCCUGGCGACACGCACUUCCGCACGUUCCGCUCGCACGCGGAUUACCGGCGCAUCACUCGCGCCAGCGCGCUCCUGGACGCCUGCGGCUUCUACUGGGGACCCUUGAGCGUGCACGGGGCGCACGAGCGGCUGCGCGCCGAGCCCGUGGGCACCUUCCUGGUGCGCGACAGCCGCCAGCGGAACUGCUUCUUCGCGCUCAGCGUGAAGAUGGCCUCGGGCCCCACGAGCAUCCGCGUGCACUUCCAGGCCGGCCGCUUCCACCUGGACGGCAGCCGCGAGAGCUUCGACUGCCUCUUCGAGCUGCUGGAGCACUAUGUGGCGGCGCCGCGCCGCAUGCUCGGGGCCCCGCUGCGCCAGCGCCGCGUGCGGCCGCUGCAGGAGCUGUGUCGCCAGCGCAUCGUGGCCACCGUGGGCCGCGAGAACCUGGCGCGCAUCCCGCUCAACCCGGUCCUCCGCGACUACCUGAGCUCCUUCCCCUUCCAGAUCUGACGCGCGCCCCCGUCCCCCAACCUUGCCUCCUCCCCACCCCCGGGCCCGCAGCAUUAACUAGGGCGCCUUAUUAUUUCCUAUAUUAAUUAUUAUUAUUGUUGUUGUUUGCCUGGAACCCAUGGGAAUCCUCCCCCGCCUGGGUUGGAGGGAGUUGGCCUGGGAGACGAGGCGCCUCCCGCUCUCUGCCGGAGACCCCUCCCCGCCUCUCUGGGGGGGGGGGGACCUCUCCUCCUGGUGCUCCCUCCGGGUCCCCCUGGUUGUAGCAGCUUGUGUCUGGGACCAGGACCUGAACUCUACUCCUACCUCUCCAUGUUUACAUAUUCCCAGUAUCUUUGCACAAACCAGGGGUGGGGGAGGGUCUCUGGCUUCAUUUUUCUGCUGUGCAGAAUCCUAUUUUAUAUUUUUUACAAGCCAGUUUAGGUAAUAAACUUUAUUAUGAAAGUUUUUUUUUUAAGGAAAA